CGAGCAGCAUCCAAACCCGACGCGAAACAAUUUCUAACAGCCAAAAGCCUGGAUUUUAAUUAUAGUAUAUUUUUCUCCAUGAAGCUUCGUGAAGAGCUCGUCUGAUCUGAUCUGAUGUGUGGUGUGAUGUGUGGUGUGAUGUGAGGUGUGAACUGAACUCAUCCAUCUGCGCGCAUUUUCUCCACAAGUUGUUUCUCAACGUGCCAUACGUCAAGAAAGAGAAGGAUGGAGAUGGAGAUCUGGCUGGACCCCAAACACCGAUAGCGUCGGAGGAGAUUUUAAAUAAUAAUAAUAAUAAUAAUAAUAAUAAUAAUAAUAAUAAUAAUAAUAAUAAUGCGUAAAAAAUGCGUAAGAGUUUUUUCCGCGCGCGCAUCCAAAUAACGCAACGUACAGAAGCCGGAACUUUCCUCAUCCCCCUGAAAGCACAUUGCUGUCCACAAAGGCGACUUCUGCAGCUUCAGCAGCAUCUGAUGGAGCACGGAGACCUGUAGAACACCGAGACUCGGCUCCGAGAGCAUAGGGAUGUUUGGGAUGUUUGUGAUCGGGAAGAGAAAGCUGUUCGGGAUCAUUUCCGUGCCGCUCCUGGUGGCACUGAUGUGCUGCGCUCAGAGCGCCAAUGAACCAGGAAACAUGUCUUUCGUGAAAGAAACAGUAGACAAGCUGCUGAAGGGAUAUGACAUCCGUCUCCGCCCUGACUUUGGAGGUGCACCGGUGUCAGUCGGGAUGACCAUCGACGUGGCGAGCAUAGACAUGGUGUCUGAAGUCAACAUGGACUUCACGCUGACCAUGUAUUUCCAGCAGUACUGGAGGGAUAAGCGCUUAGCGUACUCUGGGAUUCCUCUAAACCUGACUCUGGAUAACAGAGUGGCUGAUCAGCUCUGGGUUCCUGACACCUACUUCCUGAACGAUAAGAAGUCCUUCGUCCACGGCGUGACAGUGAAGAACCGCAUGAUCCGCCUUCACCCGGACGGAACCGUCCUGUACGGUCUGAGAAUCACCACAACUGCUGCUUGUAUGAUGGACCUGAGGAGAUACCCACUGGACGAACAGAACUGUACCCUGGAGAUAGAGAGCUAUGGUUACACGACUGACGAUAUCCAGUUCUACUGGAAAGGAGGAGACAACGCAGUAUCUGGUGUGUCCCAAAUCGAGCUUCCUCAGUUCUCCAUCGUGGAUUACAAGCUGGUGUCGCGGAACGUUGUCUUCUCCACAGGAGCUUAUCCACGCCUGUCACUCAGUUUCAAGCUGAAGAGGAACAUUGGAUAUUUCAUCCUGCAGACCUACAUGCCCUCUAUCCUGAUCACCAUCCUGUCCUGGGUCUCAUUCUGGAUUAACUAUGAUGCUUCAGCAGCACGAGUGGCUUUAGGUAUCACGACUGUUCUCACCAUGACCACCAUCAACACCCACCUUCGAGAAACGCUGCCAAAGAUCCCGUACGUCAAAGCCAUAGACAUGUACCUGAUGGGCUGCUUCGUCUUCGUCUUCUUAGCCCUGCUGGAAUACGCCUUCGUCAAUUAUAUCUUCUUCGGACGAGGCCCUCAGAUGCAGAAGAAAAUGGCAGAGAAGGCAGAGAAAGCCAACAACGACCGCAUCAAAUACGACGGAAACAAGUCUGUUCAGGAGGGAGGGAACUGCAAGGUGUCUGGAGUUAAACAGUCUAAUCAGGUACAAGGCCACCAUCACUCACGAGGGGUGGACUCUCAGGGGAACAUCCUGCUGACCACGCUGGAGAUCCAUAACGAGGUGGCCGGGAACGAGAUCACCACCAGCGUCAGCGAUGCACGAAACUCCAGCUCUGUGAUGUUGGAUAACUCAGGGAUCCAGUACAGGAAGGCGAGCGCGCCGCGGCGGCACAGUGUGGAGAGGAGCGCGCACCCGAAAAAGGCUCGACUGCGCAGACGCUCCUCGCAGCUGAAAAUCAAAAUCCCAGAUCUUACGGACGUCAACGCCAUCGAUCGAUGGUCACGGAUAAUUUUCCCCGCCGUCUUUUCCCUUUUUAAUCUCAUCUAUUGGCUUUACUACGUGAAUUAAGCCACGUGGCUGCGCGUCCUUCAGCCUCUUUACACUUUUUUUCCAUUUUACACUUAAAAGAACUUUUUUUUUCCAAGGAUGUGAUUUUUCAAGGAUUUUUUCUACAUGCGAUCGUUUCCAUUUCUCUGCAGCAGAGGAGGUGCUCGCCAACAGACAGCACCGUAUUAAAUAAACAAAACAGUGUCGUAAAUAAUUUACACGAACACACGAUUUUAUAAACACCGAAAAUCCGAAGCCAUGAGACUUCCGCAUGACGUCAUAACCACGCCCUUUUCUAUCGGCUCCAAUCGACCCACGUCCGUAAAAACAUCGAAGCGAGAGGAGAAAACACAAAGGGUUCAAUUUGUAAAAUAAAAAUAAGAAAAUAUGUUUCAAAUAUUCUAACAAAUAUAAGAAAACGAGCUCUGUAUUAAACCCAAAGGUGAAAUGCAAUAUGAUGUGGAUUUAUGGGGUUUUUCCAUCAGCAGUUGUGUUGACUUUGGAUUAAUAUUUCAAAUAUUGUCAUUACGAAUGAAUGAUUUUGUGCUGUAGUAUAUCCACAGUGUGUUAUUUUACAUUAUGUUAUGUUCACGCAUUUGGAAGACGAUUUUUCACACCGUGUAAAUUCUUCAGUAUAUAUUUCACUUUCUUAAUUAUUCAAGUGCAUAAAUGAAUAAAUAAUAAAAGAAAGAAAUAAUUGGGGAAUGUUUCGAUCAGGGCCCGUAUAUGCAUCAUCGCUAUUAUUUGUUCUAUAGCCGACAUCAUUUCUUCUUAUUAGUACAUAACUAACACUUAGCAUGUGUGUUUUUUAAGUACGACACCUUUUUAAAUCAGUGUUUAAGUCUAAUAACAAGAACGUAGGCCUUAUGUAAAACUCAGAGCUGUCUUCGAAUCCUCCUCCGUUAGUUUACCAUUGAGCUAAAUUCUAAACUAAAAGUUAGCUUUUUUUUGUGUGUGUGUGUGUGUGUGUGUGUGUGGGUGUGGUUUAGACAGCGCCAUGUAUAAAUGGAUCUUAAUAAGCUAAAUUGUCUCAGGGUGUUCAUCCCAGAUUCUCAUCACCCAUAAUGAAUAUUUCUGAUAUAUCAGUAUUCUCUGUGCUGUGAUUAAUUUGUAUUAUAUCCUCAUGUAUACUGAAGAACAAUGGCAUGUUAUUGUUUAUAUCUACAGAACUAUGUUGAUUGUACUCCAUCUUGCUUUUAGACGACCUCGCUUCAGGGACCGACGACCUUCGCUGUCUGACGAAUCAUGUCAUUUAUUCAGUACAUUACAUUUAUCACGUUGGCAUUAACAGGCGUAACGCUGUGGCACUUCUGCGCUUACGUUCUCUCACUAGUGGACUAUUUUUCCUUUAAGCUUUUCUUUUCUUUCUAUUAGAUGGUGUAAAUAUGUGACAAAUGAUCCACUUUCACUUUUUAUUUUAAUUGAUUUGAGGUUCAACCCUGUUUUCUGUUUUUCUGCAAAUCACCACAUCUCUAUGAACAAUAUGUGUAGAUCUG